UUGUGAAAAACUAACAUGAUAAUGGAUUAAUAUUCGAUCCUUUUAUUACCAAAAAUUUAUUUUCUACAAUCAAAUAUUUUAAACCGUUUAAAAAUGUUAACACCUCAAUAUUGUGAUAUGAACACUCAAAGUGAUAAAUAUUCGUUACGUCCACGCUCACUAAUCCGUAAAGGUCGUAAACAACUAUCAGCGAAUAUUGAUUUAAUAAAUAAUAAUUAUGAAAUAAAAUUAAAAAAUUGUGAUUUACAAACGCAACAACAACAACAGUCAAACAUUCCAACACAACAGCAAUCGAAAACAAAUAAAAAAGCACCACCGCUAAGUAAAUAUCGUCGUAAAACAGCUAACGCACGUGAGCGAAGUCGUAUGCGUGAAAUUAAUUACGCAUUUGAAGCAUUACGUCGUGCAGUACCACAUAUAUUUGUUCUACAAUGUCCAUCGUUAAAUAAUAGUUCGUGUUCGAAUCAACAAUCAAGCCCAAGCGAGAAAUUAACAAAAAUCACAACGUUACGUUUAGCAAUGCGUUAUAUUAAUGCGUUAAGUUCUGUUUUAAAUAAUAACAAUAAUAAUAUGUUAAAUAAUCAUAAUGAAUUAUCACAAGAUCAAGAUACAAGACAAUUAACAGAAGAUCAAGAUUUAGAGCAAACUUCACAUUCAUUUAUGGAGCUAACGUCAGAUGAAUCAACAUCAUCAUUAUCACUUUGUAAUGAUAAUUUAUAUGAUGAUCAACAUGCAUGCUCAUCAUUAAUGUCAAUGUCAAUGUCAAUUGAUAGUCGACAGUCACUUGUUUCGAAUAUAUAUGAUGAUCAAUUAUCAUUAUUAGAACAAAAUAAUCUGACAUAUUUAUCAUCAGAUGUCGGUACAUGCUUAGAUUUUACGGAUCAAUCAUUAUCACCGUCCGAUUUUACGGAGCAACAUUCAUUAUCACCGUUUGAUGAAUUAUUUGAACCGACAUUUUAGUUUAUAGGACGAUCGCUUAGCGCAAAAUUAUCAUCUAAUGUGUCUACUUUAAUGUAAGUCUAUGGUUAGUACCUCAUAAACCAAACAGUUUUCGAAAUAUUCGAAAAUAAAAACCAUAUUCAAAGAUUGUAUACGAAAAUAUUAUUGCGCUAAACGAACCUUCUAUAACAGUGAAUAUGUAAAGUUGUUUCCAGGAAGAAUGAUCAAACCUAUUUUGUUAUUCCCACCUAACCUCGAAGCUUUAAAAAAAUAGGACUGAUCUACACACAUUCACCACUCUUGGAAGCAACUAUAGCUCAUUGACAUUCCAUUAAUCAU